UAAUCAUUUCCAAUUAGGCCCUAUGUACUUAAAGAGUACGUAUUAGGAAUAGUUGGCGACAAUCAUAAUAGGAAUAGCGCUAUUGUCAUGCUCUUGCCAUCAGUUUGUGAUUAAACUAUUACGUAUUCAUACACACGAUUGCGGUGGACAGGUCUGCAUUAAUUUUGCACAACCGCACAUGGUUUUUACCUUCACCACAGAUAAGAUUCUAUUGACGUGGUAUUUUUUUUAAACACUGGGCUAACGUAGAAACCAAGUUUGUCAUUUAGUAUGAAGGCAGUUAUUCUUCUGAGCCUCACGUUGCUAUACGUGAUGUACUCACGAGCUUCUGUUAAUGUGAACUCUCGUGCUACAAUGCUGACAAUGUCACAAGUUAGCGGCAAUCGUCUUCUUUGGCGUCACCCUAUCCAGCGAUCCUUGGUGAGGUCAUUAGCCGAAUGUGUUCAGAUCUGCUCAUCUGACAUCUCUAAGUGUAAGUCGAUCGCGUAUUAUAAAGACAUCGGAUCUUGUGUACUUUACGGUGUUCUACCGGGCUACAAAAUCAAAGAAAUGGCAUUUCCUUCAUCUACAAAGCUGUAUGAUGUUGUUAUUAAUCGUGACUGCACGCAAGUGGAGCAAUUACGGAAUAGAAGAAGUGGUGUAUAUAACGUGAAACCCUGCGCAUCAUGCUCAACCCGCAAAGUUUAUUGUGACAUGAAAACCGAGGACCUUGGCUGGACAGUACUCCAACGCAGGCGAGACGGCUCCGUAGAUUUUUACCGAAAUUGGGACGAAUAUGCUGAUGGAUUUGGUGAUCUGUGCAACGAAUUUUGGAUUGGAAACGAAUUUAUUCACAAGAUUACGUCUUCGGCAAUUUACGAAUUGCGAGUAGAUUUAAUUGACUAUGACGGCAAGUCUUACUGUGCCACUUACGAUUCAUUCAGAAUAGAAAAUGCAUCUGACAAGUACAGAUUGCGUCUCGGAAAUUACAUAAAUUCAGAAUCGAAUAUUGGUGAUGCGCUGAGUGUCCAUGGGAACUUUCACUUCACAACAAAAGAUGAAGAUAAUGAUAAUAGGCUUGGUUCGAACUGCGCUAUAGAAUUUACAGGUGCAUGGUGGUUUAGAAACUGUUUCGCGGCUCGUCUGAACGGCGUGUUUUCCCCAAUAAAACUAAGCAUGAGUGUAAGUCACGGGAUAUCGUGGCAGGACGCAGGUACCAUGAGCAGCAGGCUACAGUUCAUAUUUUCAGAAAUGAAAAUCCGAAGGAUUGGAUAAUGUUGAUUAUUGUGCUUGCUGAGUGUUUUUAGGAAAACGUAAAGCGUAUUAACAUAUAUAAAGAAGAGGAUAAU